GACUCGGGCCGGGCGAUGCAGGGCAGCCGGCGCCGCCGUGCGGGCGGGAGAGGUGACGCAAGGCUGAGGUCUGCGGGGGGGUGUGCGGACACAGCUGGCGUCUGGCCGGCCUGUCCUCCCGUGCACGGGAAAAAGUUGUUUUCUGUUGGAGGGGUUAGCGCUGGAGUGCUGCCCAGACUGGCGAAGAGCGGUAUUCCCCGCCUAUGGAGAGAGAAGCGCCGCCAAGGCGAUGGAGAGCCGCGUCGGUUUGGGAAGAGGCCACGUGGAAAUGGGAUUAAGCCUGGAAGUGCUUUGGGAAACGUACAUAAUGGGAACGCUGCCUAUUGAGGGCCGUAGGGAGGGAGAAGUGCAAUAUAUGCGAGAAUUUAACGGUGCCGGGAUCAACAGAUUUGUGUUUUAAAUACAAGCAAAUUUUUAUGUAAACCUUUUUGUUGCAGUGACACCUCGUGCAGACAACAAACCAAACAGCUUCUUCAUCUGGUCAACUCCAAAUCUUCUUGACUGUCAAACAACUCCAACAAGUCUAGCUUAAUACCAGAUUUGCUAUUUCUAUUAAAGAAGCAUUGCAUAGUGAGACCUACAUCCCUGCAAUAAGUGAAGUUGUGAUGUUUCAGCAUCUGCUUUUUGUUGAUACCAGACACUGGAGAUCCUGCUGUAUUUAAUUGAGCAUCAGUCUCAAAGAGCAAAACCACGGGAACUGAUGCUAAUGUUAAUGAAACAUUGAAGUUGAGAUUUCAAUUACUUAAAUGUCAACACAUUAGAAGUUCUUUAAUUUUAGGAAGUUAUUCUGCAUUCCCACAGCAAUUCCCACUCUGCUCUUACGUAUAUCAAAGAAUUCAAGUUACUGUUUGUUUGCUGAUGCAUGCAAAUUAUCUAACUGAAUAUUAUAGCUCAGUUUUAUUGUUUUAUUAACUCUUUUGUGUAUAUUUUGUGUGUUCUUGUGUUUUACAGUAACAAUAAAAACUUCCCUCUUCUCUUUGUUCUGAAUUGUCAAAGGCUGCAUUUCAUUUUAUCCUUGGAACUUCCAGUCACUUAGCAACAUUUGUUGCUAAACUAUCAUAACACACACACAGGCACUCUACAAACUAACUUAUCAAAACAACACUUCAAGAGCAGACUUCAUGGAAGCAUUUUCCAAAUAUAUUUUAAUUAAGUUUUAUUUAAGUUUUGACUUCCAAAUCCUAAGGUACCUGCAAUUGCUUCUCAAAACAGGAAAACGUUUGGAAAGGUUUGGCAAAUGAUUCUCAGAAAGGUGAAUGGAGGGGAUGAAAGUACUGCAGUUUCAAGACCUUAUGCACAAAACCCACUUGUAGGCUGUUAAAGAAUCCUCCCUUCUCAAAUUGCACCUCAUCACGGAACAUUAUGGUUGUUGUGUGUACACAGGUUAUUUCUCAGUGAAUGAGGUGGACUGCAGAUCCCUUUUCUAACAGAAAAAGAACAUGUUCCAACAUUUGCUUUUAGUAGCUGUGCUGCAGGAAUAUAUAAUAUGCACCUUGUUACAAAUAAUGCUUUUAAAAGACUCCAAACUGUUGAGUUGGUGAGAUAACAGCAAACUGUGGUGGCGUUGUUUGUCUUCUUUUUUGUUUCUUUGUUUUUGUUUUCCCUGUAGUGAAGAAAAAAAAUAAGGAUGCAAAAACUAUUUUUUUUUCCUGUUCUUUUGGAGAUGUGCCAGCAAAUCUAGUCUCCUAGUUUUAUUUCCUAAAGAUCAAGGUCAUUAAUGGAAUCACUUUGAAGAUAAUGUGAAGGAUUUCUGACUCUGAAUAAAUAUUCUUGUCUGUGUUAACAUUGUAAAGCUCUUAGCAAGACAACAAAUUAAACCUGAGUUAUCCAUGUGAGUGGUUAACAACAAUCUAGAAUCUUAUUCAAGAGACAUUUCCUUUAAAAUCUAUGUUCUUAACUCUAAUAAAUGUACCAUUGAGAUCAAUACUAGCUCUGUUCUUUCCUCAAAACCAAUGUAACCAUGCUUGUAUGCAUCUUCUCACUGUUAGAAAAGGACUGAGCUUGAGCUGAAUGGACAAGCCUUCUGUUGGCUUAAGAAAAAUUCACAGUAUUAGGGGAAAAAAUGGAGAGAACUAUGAGAAACCACAGUGCUACUCAGAGUUAGGGAAGAGACAGCAAACAACAGACAUGUUGACAUGUAUACCUAUGCCCAACGUCCAGCCCUGAGAAUAAACGCCCUUGGCUGCUCCACAUCCACACAGGUGAUCUGUCCUCCCCUCCAGCAGCGUAGCCCUGCCCACCCAAACUCCGGGGAAGAGCCUCUGGCCGAUAUCACUCCCUGCAUUGUAUCCUGGCAUCUUCUGAAAAGCAUCGGUUGGCCUUGGCAGGAAUAACGCUGGGGACUGUCAGAACCAGGGCUGACUGUCACAGUGCUCAAGGCCAGGGAGCUUUAGCUGAGCCUGUGGGCUUGCAUGACGCGUGCACCGUCCACCCCAAAUCCCCGUGUCUUUUGACCACCAAAGAGCUGCAGCCAUAGUCCAAAGGUUUUUACAGCACAGUGCGCUUCAGGAAGACGGUGAGCGAGCCAAAUGGCACCGCCGACGCCUCCUGAAAGCGGAACAGUGAGCAACCGGUGGGCGUUCGCUGGGUCUCGGCCCCGGCGGGGACCGGGACAGCAGGAAGCGCGUGCAGCGCGGCACGAACCCCACAAAGCAGUAAAUGCGCCGAGGCGGUGGAGGUGGCAGCCCCUCCGCCUGCGCGCUAACAGGACACGGCCGCUCUCCCAGCGGUGCACGGGGCUGCCGGGCUCGCGGCCGGCAGCGGCUCGGAGCCAGAGUUCAGCCGCCAGCCCGAGCCCCGCGCUGCGGCCGUCAGGGGCCGGCGGGCAGAGGGCAGGGCUCGGCUCUGCCCGGGCCGUGCCGCGGCCCCCCCGCAGAUAACCGCGGCUCCCGCCUCCCCCCGGCUCCAGCGGGACGGCUCUGCCCCCCUCCCGCCCCGCGCGGCCCCAACCCCGGUUCGCAGCCGCUCUCCGGCAGCCGACCUCCUCGGCGCGGUCAGCAUGGCUCGGCAGCGCGGCGGCUUUCUGCAGGAGGCCUCUCACCAGAUCGCCGCCGGCGGCUCGGCGGGUCUUGUAGAAAUUUGCCUGAUGCAUCCCCUUGAUGUAGUGAAAACAAGGUUCCAAAUUCAAAGAGGGAAAACUGAUCCUACCAGUUACAAGAACCUGGGGGACUGUUUCAGGACUAUUUUCCAGAGAGAAGGAUUGCUUGGUUUCUACAAAGGAAUACUCCCUCCCAUCUUGGCUGAGACACCCAAAAGGGCAGUGAAGUUCUUCACCUUUGAACAAUACAAGAAGCUACUAGGAUAUUCAUCUUUAUCACCAGGACUGGCGUUUGCAGUAGCUGGCUUGGGAUCUGGACUAACGGAGGCAGUUGUGGUCAACCCUUUUGAAGUAGUAAAGGUUACCUUGCAGGCAAAUCGAAACAGUUUCACAGAGCAACCAUCUAGCUUUGUUCAAGCUCAGCAGAUCAUCAGAACUGAUGGUUUGGGCCUCCAUGGACUCAACAAAGGUCUUACUGCAACACUGGGCCGUCACGGAGUUUUUAACAUGGUUUACUUUGGAUUCUACUUCAAUGUGAAAAACAUUCUUCCGGUCAAUAAAGAUCCGAAUUUGGAGUUUUUGAGGAAAUUUGGAAUUGGGCUAGUCUCAGGAACAAUAGCCUCAAUUAUUAACAUUCCUUUUGAUGUUGCAAAAAGUAGGAUUCAAGGACCACAGCCAGUUCCUGGAGAGAUCAAGUACAGAACCUGUCUUAAAACUAUGGCAACAGUCUAUAAAGAGGAAGGAUUUCUGGCUCUGUACAAAGGCUUGAUUCCCAAGAUCAUGAGGCUUGGUCCAGGUGGUGCAGUGAUGCUUUUGGUUUAUGAAUACGUUUAUGCAUGGCUUCAGGACACAGUUGAUCCCAAGUAGUGCUUCUGAAAAAUGUACUCCUUAAAACCAUAUGCAUUCUAAAAUACAUUUUAAUAAAGUGAAACUGAUUCUCAGCUGU